AGAGGUUUACCCCUUGUGAUGAUGAGGGGAAACCAGGAUGACAAGUAGAUCACCGAUAGCUGUUACCCAUCCAAGAUGUAGCUGACCGGGGGGCGGAAAACCACGAUGGAGCGAAGACAGACAGCGGCUUAGUUUCAGCUGGGAACCGAGUUGAAUUAAAAAGCUUUUACACAGUAACCGAGUAACGGAGAGCAGCAGCACGACAUGCAGUCAUGAAGCGUGGUCGCACUGAGCAGAUCCAGUAUGCCGUGACCCAGUACCUGAAGCGGAGGCAGUAUGUGGACACCGACGGCUCCCUGAAAGGAGCCAAGCUCUCCCAGUCAGCGGAGGAGAUGGCCGCCAGCCUCACAGCGCAGACGGAGUCGGGCUGUGCCAACAUCGUCUCCGCGGCUCCCUGCCAGUCCGACCCCCAGCAGUACGAGACCCAGUACUCCAGGCUGCGAUCCUUCCUGUCAGAAACCGAGAUAUCCUGGGCGAAGGAGGUGAGCGGCCUCCUCUACCCGCUCUUCGUCUACCUCCACCUGGACAUGGUGCGCUGCGGCCUGAAGGGGGCAGUGGACGGCUUCUACGGCCGUUUCCACGGCGCCUUCCUCCAGGACGGCGAGCAGCGCGCCACCGUCGAGCAGCUGCGCCACGUCCUCACCGCGCAGGACGUCGCCGCCAACCCCAAGCUCAGCGCCUUCCUGGAGCACAAGUACGUGGUGCACCUGACGGAGCCGGCCUACGGCUACCUGCUGCGCUACCUGCAGAGCGAGGACAACGGCGCCCUCUGCCGCGUGCUCAGCACACACCUGCAGGUGGAGGUCUCCGCGUCGAGGCGCACCGACUACCAGCUGUACGGCGCUGCCGGCGGGGCGACCGCCGCCCCGAACUCCACCUCCUCCUGGGCGGGAGUGGACGGGGCGGGAGUGGACGGGGAGGGGGUGGAGGUCCCCGCGGGGAUCCCGCAGAGCGAGGCGGCCCUGGAGGCGCUGCAGGACUGCAUCAAGAAGGUCCGCGAGGGCCCCCCCACGCUCACCACCGUGUGCUUCUACGCCUUCCACCACACGGAGCAGACGCUGAACGCCGCCGAGGUGUCGGCCGACAGCCGGCUGCUGGCCGCCGGCUUCGACAGCUCCGCCGUGAAGCUCUGGAGCCUCCGGGCCAGGAAGCUGAGGGCCAGACCGCAUCGGGCCGACGUGUCGCUCAUCCACCUGGCCUGCGACGUCCUGGAGGAGGAGCACACACACACACACACACACACACACACACACACACACACACACAUACACACACUCUUUUGGUUUCUCGAACUCUAAUAGCUCCAGAAUACGGCUGCACACUAUGAGGAAAACACACACGCACACACACGCACACACACACGCACAUGCACACACACACACACGCACACACACACGCCGAUACGAAUAUUUGGUUAUUUAAAAAUCCAAUAUGCCGAUAUAAAUAUAUAUAUAUAUAUAUUAAAAAAAAAAAAAUACAGAAGCCCGUAACAAGACGUAAGCAGAUUUCCCUAACAUUAGUCAUUUGUAGUUAUUAAUGAGUUCUCACUAAAACAAUAUGAUAACAAUUUGAUUUAUUGUCAAAAAAAGAAGAAAUCCAGAAACAUAAACGGAUUUCCCCAACAUUAGUUAUUAACAUUAGUUACAACAGAGCAUCAAAAUACAUAAAGUUCUGAUAAAUGAAAUGUAUAAAAAUGCAAACUUAAGAUAUGAAACUUAAAGUCCUUUUGAACAAAAACACAUCAAUAAAAAAACAUAAUCAGUGUUGCCAACAGGGACGACGUAGAGCGCCCUCUGGUGGACAAACUGUUACAGCUACGGUGGCCUUCACGCGUCAAAAAGCCGCUCUCUCGCUCUUUUAUAUAUCCCUUUUUUUCUUUUUCUGGACGGGGGGGGGGGAUCCUGAAAUUUGGAUUUUGAAUACGUGGGGUCCUCCGUGAUUCCUUCAACCUUGCCGGGGCCCGGGAAGAAACGAUACCCGCUAGCAGUGUUAGCAUCGUUAGCAUCAUUAGCAGCGUUAGCAGCGUUAGCAUCAUGAGUUGAUCAUGUGAUGGUGAAAACCCGAAAGGCGGAGCAGUGCGUCCUGCAUGUCUCUCACCGGCUACCGAAUAUGGAAAAUAUCAAGCCAAAAGUAACCUCUACACACAGCCACAAAUCUUAUCUGUGUUGAUCAUAACUGGAAUAAAUGGAAGAAACCACUUGACUGCAGGGGUGUUGACUGCUUAUUAAUAAAAAAUAUACAUGGAGAGCCAAAUGUUCGGGGCUUUAAGAGAAGUGGUUUUCAUUAAGGGCCUAAAAAAAACCAUUAACAUUGAAUAAGUUUGGGCUUCUUCUCUCGUGGUUUUUGUCUUUGAGUCGGCCUACUGUAAGUUUUGAGUAAUAACAAUUAUUAAAAAAAAGAAAGAAAUUGUAAAUAGCCUCGUGGAGGAAGUUUCAGAGAAUCAAAGGCUGUAUUUUUUGCACAGUUCUGCGAGUGUACAAGUGUAAAUAUAUUGUAUUUUUGUAAUAUUUUGGCUACAGAGAGAUUGUGCUUAACUUAACGAGGGCUGGAAAAUAAAAAAUAGACUGAUUUUAUAUUUGUUUUCACACAUUCAAAGUGUGAUUGUGUUGUUUUUUUUGUAGUUUUUUUUUGGAUAUUUCAUUCAUUAAUCCAGCCUGGAAGAUGUUCUUUGUUUGUCAGGACGCUUUUGUUCCCUCCUGUUGCCCCAAAACGAGGAAUAAAUAAAUAACAGAAUUUAUUUGAA